AUGCGACACCACCUCUCGCCACCCUCGCCUGGUUUGCAAAAGAGUAUCACGAGCGCCGUUCUUCGAGUUGCUCAAACAUUUGCGCGGUCACUGCAUACGACGAGAAACACAAUGGCUCUCUAUCCACCGUCGCCAGCCCCGCCUGUGGCCGGCUCGUCCAAGAACGAGAAACUGAUCUCUCCUGUAGUCGCCCCCUCGCCCGACACGCCGCUGUCCUCCCCGGCCGGCCAGGCAGCCAUUGCCGCCCGCGCCGCCGCCCACACGGCCAAGGUGGCCGCCGGCGUCCCCACCACCGGUGACUCGUCGGGCACGUCGACGCCCGGCCGCGCGGGCCAGUUCUUGCAGCACGAGCACCGCGGCGGCCUGCGGCAGCGCGACCUCGACGCCGCGUCGCCCAUUGCGCAGUUCCACGCGUGGUUUGCCGAGGCCAAGGCGCUCGGCGGCAUUGCGCACCCCGAGACGUGCACGCUGUCGACGGCGCGCUUCCCGUCGGGCCGCGUGAGCGCGCGCAUGGUCUACCUCAAGGAGCUGGACCACCAGGGCUUUGUCCUGUACAGCAACUUUGGCACGUCGCGCAAGGCCGACGACCUCGCGAGCAACCCAUGGGCCUCGCUCACGUUUUGGUGGGAGGCACAGGAGCGGCAGGUGCGCGUCGAGGGCCGCGCGAACCGACUGUCCGCCGCCGAGUCGCAGGUCUACUUUGACACGCGCGUGCGGGGGUCGCGCAUUGGCGCGUGGGCGUCGCGGCAGUCGGCGACGCUGGUGCCCAAGGGCGAGGCAGACCCGGAGGACGACGGGCGCGCGCAGCUGGAAGAGUGGGUGGCUGAGGCGGAGCAGCGGUUCGGCAAGGGCGACGCUGAAAACGAAGACAACGAAGACAACGACCCGCCGAUCCCAGUCCCCGAGUUCUGGGGCGGCCUGCGCAUUGUGCCGGAGCGGGUCGAGUUCUGGCAGGGCCGGCAGAACCGGCUGCACGACCGGUUCGUGUAUGACCGGCAAGUGGGCAGCGAGGCGGACGGAACGGAAGCGUGGACGAUCAAGCGGCUGAGUCCAUAG